UCAAGAUGGCGACUGUGGCUGUAGUCGGUGCAGGAAUCAUAGGGGUUACGACUGCUUUAUCGAUCUUAGAAAAGGACCCGAGUAUCAAAGUGAAAGUAUUUGCUGAUGAAUUUAGUCCUAAUACAACUUCUGAUGGUGCAGCAGGUCUUCUAAUGCCUUAUGUUAUGGCAGACACGCCAGAUUAUCUGCAAAGAAAAUGGUUUGGUACCACAUUGAAAACUAUGAAAGCCUUACUGGACUCUGAACAAGCCCCAAAGCUUGGGAUAUUCUUAAUUACUGCUUACUGUGUYCAUGACACUCCAAUUGAUAAGGAUUAUUCCUGGAAGGAUUUGGUGUAUUCCUACAGAAGAAUGACUAAACAAGAGCUAGAGGAGUUUCCUGCUCAACCUGCAAGAUUUGGAGUUACAUUCAAUACAAUCAUUUCACAAGGCGCAUUGUUGAUACCUUGGCUAAUGAACAGAGUGAGAAACCUUGGUGGUGAUUUUAUAAAACAGCAUAUUGCAUCAUUGAGUGAGCUGUCUGAGUAUGAUGUGAUUGUGAACUGUGCUGGCAUGGGUGCCAGACAACUUAUUGGUGAUACUGKACUCAAACCAGUCAGAGGACAAGUUUUAAGAAUUAAAGCACCAUGGAUAAAACACUUGUAUCUUUACCAUGUCGAAGAAGAGAGGGAUAAGGGACAAUCUACAUAUAUCAUUCCACAAAUGGAGUCCAUUGUUAUUGGAGGCACUGCACAGUUAAACAAUUUUAAUACAAAUCCAACAACCCAAGAUACAAAUAAUAUAAUUGCUYGUGUUAGUAGGAUUGUACCUAGCAUAAAGAAUGCACCUGUUUUGGCUAACUGGGCUGGCCUCCGUCCUAGUAGAUUCUGUGUCCGACUUGAGAAAGAGACAGUGCAGUGCAGAGACAAGUAUGGACYGAAAAAAACAUUGAAUGUGGUUCAUAAUUAUGGCCACGGUGGUGCUGGUUUGUCUGUUGGCUUUGGUUGRGCUGAUGAUUGUAGCCAACUUGUUCUUAAUGUCUUGGCUGCCAAAAGGGUAUCGAAGUUAUAACGUGUUUUCGUGAAUGGAUUUUUAUUAACAAUGAACCAGAACGCAAUCAAGAUGAGUUAUCCCAUGUGGAUUCGUCUUCAUUGCGUUCUGCUUCAUUGUUAUACUGACAAUUUGUCUCUAAAUAGCCGCUAUUUGUUAGUAUUUAGUUUGAUUUUAUUUCAUGAUUUUCCUGCGUUUGCUCUAACUCACUUUUCUACUUCGAAUGUAUUUCUAUGUAAAUAAAUCAAUAUGAAACGAGGCAAAUAAACAUUGUUUUUUA